UUGCUUUUCUCUGUAUUCAUAUUUUCGUUGCAGAGAGAAAAGAAUUUAGAACGCAAAAAUACUUUGGGAAAAAGUACUGGAUAUAAUUUAAAUUAAAAUUUUGGAAAAAAAGAAUUAUUGUAUAACAUUCUAUUAAAAUUUAAAUACGUUAGACUGCUAUAAGCUGCGGAAAAGAUGACUAUUUUAACGAAACCAUCUAAUGAGAAAAAAGGGGAGAAGGUACCACUGCCAUUGGCUUUGGGUGGCCAUGAUGAUGCAUCAUCAUUCCGAGGAGGAGCUGCACACGGAAAUCUUUUGGGCGCUCGCUAUCAGGGUGACAUAGAUGGCGAAUCUAUGGUUUUCAAUCGCCCACCGUCAUGCAUCAAAACCGUGUUGUUAUUUCUAAUUGCUGUCGUAGUCAUGAUGAUGGGCCUACUUGGUGGAUUUACUCUAUAUCGCGCUUAUGCACCCACUACUUCGAAUUUACAUUACCGUGCACUUUGCGACAUUCCAUAUAUGCAGACUGGUAAUAUAACUAUACCGCGUCUGUAUGAGGAACGUGAUGAGCUAGAUUGGCGUAACCUUUUUUCGCGUUUUACAAACUACAACGGCAAUAACGACUUGAGUGAUGAUUUCUUCCGUGAGGAAAUCGAUGUGGAUAUGAGCGAUUCAGAAAGUUUCGCAAAAAUUGAUGUACCCGAUUUCAAAGAUGGACGGCGGGGACGUUUUAUGCAUGAUUUUAAAAAGAAUCAAUCGGCAAUUAUUGAUACCACUGCAAAUCGUUGCUUCAUAAUGCCACUUGACCGUGACACAACAUUACCACCAAAGAGUUUUGUAGAUUUAAUGCAAAAGAUGGGUUCAGGAUACUACAACAUCGACACUGAUCGCGUUCGUCGCAAUAUGCGUGUAGUUACCCCGCCUGUAACUGAUCUCUCAAUGAUCUCAGAGAGAAUUGCUAAUGAAUGCUAUGAUAUGAGAGUUUACAUGCUGGAGAACUACGUUUCAGGAGUAUUUAAACGUGAAGCUAUUCCUGUGGCAGAAACUGACAGGUUCACUGAAUUCAUGGGCAAAGGUGUGGUUGAAUUUAAUUUGAUAAAUAUGAAUGAUAUAGAGGAAUUUGAACGGAAGCAGCAGUAAAAUCCUUCAAAACUUGUUUAGAAAUCUUAUACAUUAAUUGCGGUGCUUGCAAGCAUUUUUGUAGAAUGUAGUUUGUAUGAUUGUAAAACUUGAUGUUGAUAAAUUAGCGGCUGUAUUCAAAUUUAUUAACCGAAAAAAAAAUUUAUUUUUUCUUAUAUAAUUAACGACUGAAUUACCCUUACCUUAUAUAUUCCUAACAAAUUAUUGUAUGGAGGGUAUUUGCAAAAUUAGGCAAUAUCUACUAUUAUUGUAUUAAUAUAUUCGUUUUUUUAUUAUUUCGAAAUUAUCAUUAUUAGAAAAUUGGAGUCCAUCGAUUUGUAUUGACUUUAUUAUUACUUCAAAAAUGUAAUGUAAAUUGACGAUAAUAUUUCCGAUUGAUUCAAAUUUGUAUUUUAUAAACUUUACAUCCGACCUUAUUUUAAUCACUUUUUUAAAUAAAAUCGAAAUAACAAUCAAAAAUGCAUCAAGUUAAGCGAUCAAGUAUGGUUAACAAAUACAACAAAAACAAAAUGAAAAUUUAAUGACAAACAAAUUGAACAUACGUAUUUUAAAGAACCCGAAAUAUUAUCAAUUAUUGUGCAUAAGAAACAAUUGCGUACCUAAAAGAAAAUUAAUUGUGACAAAUAUUAAAAACGUGCUAGAAUAAAUGUAUGCUCAUCAUGCAUCUGUAUGUAUGUCAUGAACUCGAAGUGUGGCAGAACUAACUUCUGUUGGUAUCAGGUGGUGGCACGUUGUUAAGAAAAUUUCGAUAGUCUUCAAUAUGACUACAAUAAAAAAAUCAAUACCGAACUACAAUGUCACACAAUUUAUACAUUAUAAUAAUUUCCUAAUACAACUUUACAAAUGCUUUUAUGUAGUAACAUACUUUAUAUAUUCCAAUGUACUAUAAUAAUUAUCAAUAUAUUCAUAUUUUUAUUGGCCAAUUUUAAACCACAAAUUAUUUUACAUAAUUUAAAAAAGUAUUGUAUUGUAAUCGAAUGUGAUGCACUAGUUCCAUUUUAUAUAAUUUGAAAAGUGCCCCUCUAUAUAUUUUAUAAUCUAUGCAUAUGAUUGCAAAGUUUUGAAUCGUUUGCAACUAUUACUAAAGAAAGCACUCUCUAUUUUCAACAAAAAAAUGAGUUGAUCAAUUUCAAAUUUGAACAUAUCAACAUAAUUGCUUUUUACUAUUGAUUCGAUAUUUAAUAACAACAAAAAAUACAAUAAAUCAAAUUUUCAAUGUUAAAAUAUGAUGUUAAUAAAGGAAAAUCACCUUCAGUCUUAA